ACAGGGCAACACCUACCGUAGUUGAUCCCGACUCCAUGGCUGGCUCCGGCGACAUCGACGGCGAGGUCGUCUUCGAGGUCGAACACUGCAUACGCAUCUUCAAGGGCGGCCGCGUCGAGCGCUACUUCGGUUCCGACUCCGUCCCGGCCUCCACAGAUGCCGCCACCGGCGUCGCCUCCAAAGACCGCGCCAUCUCCCCCGACGUCUCCGUCCGCCUCUACCUCCCGCCCGUCGCCGGCGUGAGCGGGGAAGGUGAGGGAAAGAAGCUCCCGCUCCUCAUCUACUUCCAUGGCGGCGGCUUCUGCCUCCACACGGCCUUCAACUUCGUCUUCCACGCCUACCUCACCUCCCUCGCCGCGCGCACCCGAGCCAUCGUCGUCUCCGUCGAGUACCGCCUCGCGCCCGAGCACCCCCUCCCCGCCGCGUACGAGGACUCGUGGCAGGCUGUCCUCUGGGCGGCCUCCCACGCCCCCGGCGCCGGCGAGGAGACCUGGCUCACCGACCACGCCGACUUCUCCCGCGUGUACCUCGCCGGGGAGAGCGCCGGCGCGAACAUCGCGCACAACAUGGCCAUGCGAGCCGGCGCCGAGGGGCUCCCCCACGGCGGCAGGGUCAACGGCGUCGUCCUAGUCCACCCCUACUUCCUCGGCCGCGGCAAGGUCCCCUCAGAGGACUGGGACCCGGCGAUGGCGGAGAACGUGGUGAAGAUGUGGAGCGUCGUGUGCCCGGCGACCACCGGCGUCGACGAUCCGUGGAUCAACCCGCUCGCCGACGGCGCGCCGGGGUUGGAAGGGCUGGCCUGCGGCCGCGUGCUCGUGUGCCUCGCGGAGAAGGAUGUGAUCCGCGACCGCGGCCGCGCGUACUGCGAGGGGCUUAAGGCGAGCGGGUGGGCGGGGGAGGUGGAGGUCGUCGAGGUGGCCGGCCAUGGCCACUGCUUCCACCUGAUGGACUUCAACGGCGACGAGGCCGUCAGGCAGGACGACGCCAUUGCUGAGUUCGUAAAUCGGUAGAGAAUCCAAUGGCCUCUUGGGUAACUGUUGCAUUGGGCAUGCUGCUGUCUAUUGCUAUUGCUGUAUGAUUUGUUAUUUGAUUUAUGCUGAUUUCGCCUAGUAUGAAUCCAUGUAAAACACAGAUGUCUAUUGACACACUACAUUUCAACUUAAAAACUGUCCUUUCUAUUUUA